AUGGCAGUUCUUGGCAAUGAGUUCGUCAAAGAGCCGAAUAAGCUCAUCCUUUGCUUCGAUGGUACGGGAAACCAGUUUAGCGGCUCCAGUGCCGACACCAAUGUGGUCAAGAUCUUGAACAAGCUAGACCGACAUCACCCAAAACAGUACCAUUAUUAUCAAACUGGUCUCGGUACAUAUGACAUCAAUGAAACGUCCGUCAACAAAUCGUGGUUUGGAAAGAUUCGAAACAGCAUUUCCCAAACCAUUGAUCAAGGAGUCGGCACAACGUUCGAUGCGCAUGUCAUGGCCGGCUAUCGAUUCUUGAUGCGCUACUAUGAGGCAGGAGACAAGAUCUAUAUGUUCGGCUUCAGCCGUGGGGCGUUCACUGCAAAGUUCCUGGCGCGUAUGGUUCAUACGGUCGGGCUACUUUGCAGAGGAAAUGAAGAGAUGGUUCCAUUCGCAUACCUUCUUUAUCAGCGUUAUCUCGCUGGUGAAGUUGAGGACUUCGAGAACGCAGAUUCCAGUCAGGAUGACUCGGAGCAGAAUGGAGACCUGCAGCCACUGCUAGAUGGCGACAAAGUAGACGAGUAUCAUAGCGAUACCUACGAAUCGGCAAGGAACGAGAUCACUGCGUUUAGCAACACCUUCUGUCGGAAGGAACCCAUUAAGAGUGGCGCCAAAUAUGUCGAGGCUAAUGUCAAGGUUUAUUUCCUCGGUAUCUGGGAUUGCGUGAAUUCCGUUGCCGUCUUGGAGCGAGUUCCACCCAUGCCAGUCAGUAUCGCUGGAACCGCGAAGUUCGUUCGGCAUGCAGUGGCCACCGACGAGCGAAGGGUUAAAUUUAAGCCCGCAUUGCUUUCGCAGGAUACUCCAGACUCCACUGAAAACGUCGAAGAAGUUUGGUUCCCGGGGUGCCACGGUGAUGUUGGCGGCGGUUGGCCGGCAGCUCAUAGUGUCAGUAACCAGGAUAAACCCGAAGACAAAGGGGUUUGGAAAUCCUUCAAGAGGUUCUGGACUACCCUAAAGCCCAAUGGUGCCAGUAAGGAUGUUCGUUCGGACGCUUUCCAAAUGAGCGAUGUGACAUUGUCAUGGAUGAUCCGAGAGCUAGAGUACGUCGCAAGCCUUGAUGAACAAGCUGGCGUCAAGUGGUCAAGGAGCAAAGACGGUUACAAGACAGCCUUUGCUCGUGAGGAAAGUCAAAACCAAGCUCUACGUGGAUUUAUCCACGAUUCUUUGGUCUUUGGAAAUUGCUCUAGCUUUUUCAGGGUCCUGCUCUGGAAAUUUCUAGAAAUAUUUCCAUUCAUCACGCGAUGGGAGAUUGUCCAUGAUAAAUGGGCAAAAGUCCGUUUCCCGCUAAACAAUGGGUCAUAUCGUGAUAUCCCGCGCGAUGCGAAGCUUCACCAGUCGCUUUUGUAUCGACUCACGGAACUGAAAACGUACACCCCCGGAAACAAUCAUGGUGACAAACUGGAGUCCUGUCUCAAGAGCGAAGAUGGCCAUCCAGCUCAAUUCAUAAAAGUCGAUGAAGUCAGGGUGAGCCAGGUAACUGAUCCAAUGCACCAGAUCUGGACUUUCGCUGCAAAUUAG